UAUUUUGAAACACAGCACCGGAAGAGUGGUGUUUUAUUCCAACAGCAAGACACUGGAUCAAUCCAGGAGCGCCACAGCUGCGGUCAGCCACAGUCAGUGUGUUUAAUACUAGCGCAGAGAAAUGCGCAUUUCUCUUAUAUUAUUUUUAUUUAUUUAUUUAUUUAUUCUUUUUUUUUUUAAACUGGAAACAAUAAAAUGAAAUGUGGCGUUUCUCAGUUUCCACCCUAAACUACAUUUUGGCCAUGGUAGCCAUGGGGAACCAGCACUUUACGAGGAAGGAUCCAGCUGGACAGCUUUUACGCAUCGCACAUCUUGGAGCGUUGAUGGAGAUUACAGUGUAGAAAAGAAGAAAAAAAACACUCCACUGGAGAUCAGAGUUAAUGCGCUCUGCGUGUGGACCAUAUAUAAUGAGGUACGGAGUGGUGGUUCUUUCUGCUGGGUUUACAGGUUUGCUCAGUUUUUGCCUCCUCGCUGUGGCAAUUGGGACUGAUUACUGGUACAUCAUCGACGUGAAUAAGCCCAACUACACAGGUUCAGACGAUCUGAGUUCACAUUCUGGACUGUGGAGAAUUAAUGAAGGAGCAAACAGGAGUUCUGUCAUCCCCUCUUUCACGGCAAAUAUAUCCUGCCUGUCAGAGGCAGAAAGGCACCUUCUUGCACAUGUGUGUCUGCAGGCUUACACAGGGUGGUGGUCAUCGUGCUGCCCCUUAGCCUGGUCCUGCUGGUGUUUGGCUGGAUCUUUGGACUUGUCAGUUCGUUGGCCUACAGCCCCAACUUGCUGGCUGGAUCAGCAACGUACUUUCUCUUCUGCAGUCUUUUCACGCUUUCCGGGGUCAGCAUUUACAUCAAAUACUCCAACCAGGCCAUGGAGGAGUUCCAGCAGACCGUGUCCCCGGAGAACCUCGCCUAUGUGGACGUGUCCUUCGGCUGGUCCUUAGCCACAGCCUGGCUCUCCUACAGCCUGGAAGUGGCCACGGGACUCCUGCUCAUGCUCGCUGCCAGGAUAACUCAAAUGAAGGGACAUUAUGACUCUGGUGUAGCCAUCGCCAUGUUAUAGAUUGUGGAGUGAGUGAAGCUAAAAGGCCCACAGGUUGGAUAGUAUUUUAUUGCUGUUGUUAUUCAUUUAUUUUUGGUACGGCUUAGAAGAGUAUUGUAGUCCAACAAGUGGGUCGAGGACCAAGACAAAAAAAUGUAGAUGCAAGCUGGCUUUGCGUAACUGCAGCCAUAGAUACAUAGAUGCUGAAUAAGUACCACUGCUGUACAUCUGUUCUUCAUUGUUUUCUCUGGUUUGUUGUGUCGCUGGCUACCUUUCAUCCUUUUAGUAUCAAUUUCUGUCCAUUGUCCCAGUCCACAAUGGUGUUAUAGAUGUGGUCACAGAAACACAUAAAAAAGAGGCUAACCUUUCACAGAGUAAUUGCUGCAGAUUAGAUGAAUGCAGAAUUAUUAUUUGGUUCUUCUUUUAAUGUGUUUCAGUAAUUUCAGCCUUGUGUUGCCAUAUUCGAGUCCAUAUAUUUGUGUAGCUAAUGACUAUGAUAUUGCAAAGGCAAUUCUGUCAGAGUCUGGGGUUCACAUUUUAUUAAAUAAUAUGUUUUCUGUGAGAUGUGUUGUACUGUAUUUGAAUACAUAUCCCAGUAUAUCAUUCAAGUGAAAACAUUGCUGAUUCUGCAGCAAGCAAUAGAGCCACACAGACUCAGCAAAAUCAGAGGUGGUAAGUGUAGUAUUUCAUAAUAGACCAGCUGCUGCACUGUUGCUCCAUAUUCCGGAGUAAUUUGCAUUUUACAGCUUUUAAAAAACAGUUAGCAUUUGCUUUAUGUGGAAGUUAAGACCAUGUUGGCUGCUGAGUGUCGUGACUUUUAGAGAAACAUCUAAAAUGUUAGUUUGUCCCUACUGCUAACAACCUUCUGUACCCAUCGACUGGUGAAUCCAUUAAUCAUGGGAACUGGGCUGAAGAUAAGUGCACUCUUGGGGAUCAUGCAAGCUGUUUCGGCAGUACAGAAUUUGUGCAUGUGCUGCCUUCUUAGCUGUAGUUAACAGCUAGAUAUUGUACUAUUCUCUCUGUGCUGUCCAAAAUGAGACGUUUCCUCUCUGCAUACUGGCAGUAAAAAGAGCACUGUAAAAAUGCAACUUUUAGCACUUUGGAAUGCCAUAGUAUGUAUUGCUGCUGUUGUUGUUUUUGUUGUUGUUGUUGUUGUUGUUGUUCUCGUUUCCCAAUGAUUACAAGACCUUGCUUAUGCUUUCAUAACUGAUUCUUUUUAUUGUUAGCUGUGACAGAAAAGCAAUGAAACAUCCAUCCAGCUGCAGCGUGAAUACAUACUGUAUGGAAAAAGAACGCAUUGAUCAAAUGAUUCCCAAUAUCAGUGACACGCUCUGACUCUGUAAUGAAAUUUCCCGUGUCCUGAAGAUUUUUGUGUUGUGAGACAAUAAGAUCAUCUAAAACAUUAUGGAGAUGUGUUUGUCAUGCACUGUGUGUAUUUUCUAUUUACAACACAAUUUUGCUGUUGACUACAAUACCCAGCCACUGAGCCUCAGGUUAAAUUGCCUGCCUCUGAAUGUACAUGAAGCGCACCAGGAGUCAGGCCAGACAGAAAAGCGAUUGUGUAAAGAGUAGCCACUCACAGCCUAGAAGAAU